GUUUGGUCAUAUGGGUUUGGAUUAAAACUAAGCCCAAUGUAAAAAUAGCCCAUUAAAGAGCAACGUUACGUAUUAAUGGAAGAACAAAGUAGUUGCGGAAUAAACAAGGGCAAAUCAGUCAAUAUGAUGUUAACGGUAUAAAAGUAGUUUGUAUCGUUCUCUCUUCGUCUUCUUCUUUUUCUACUUCGCCUCAUACCCAAGAAACAACAAAGAAAGCAUGAUGGAGAUGGAGAUAGAUAACGAUGUGUUAUAUGUGCAUGAUGAAGACGAUGAUGAGUUAAUCUCAUAUCAUCUGGAGUCGAUGUUGAUAAAGAACGGAAAUGCCAAGCCAAACAACUUCGUCCAAGACGUAGACGUGUUCAACAAGAAUCCGAGGGAGGUGUUCGAUUCUAAAAACCCUAUCUUUGCGUUCGUUAAAUCUCGAACAGAGGCUUGUGGUAAAACCGAUGGAUGCGAAUCUGGCUGCUGGAGAAUCAUGGGUCGUGAUAAACUGAUACGAUCAGAGAAGACCGGGAAGUUUCUAGGGUUCAAGAGGAUUCUCAAGUUCUGCGAGAAGAGGAAACUAAGGGAAUACAAGAGAACUUGGGUAAUGGAAGAGUAUAGGCUUGUGAAUAGAGGGAAGCGAGAUGAUGAAGCAGCUGUGAUUUGCAAGAUUAGGCUUAUGUUCGAAACCAAGAUUACUUUCUUGCUAGCCAAGCAUUUUUCGUAUCUCUUCACAUCACAAUCGCUUCCUCUUCAUGCAAGGAUCUCGUUCUCAGAUUAUGGAAUCGGUUUACCCUAUUCUUCACCAGAGGAUCUAUCUUAUCUGCAGAUGCUCAUCGAUAAAGAAGGAAACAUUUGGUCUAGCUCCAACGACGUGUACUGUGUGGAGCCAUCGAUGCAUGUGAGUCUUGAUCAGAGCUAUGAGGAUCUUAAAAAAAGACGUUUCUUCUUCGUGAAACGAACAAAGACUUGUGGUAAAACCGAUGGAUGCGAUGGCGGUUGCUGGAGGAUCAUGGGCCGUGAUAAGGUGGUUAAGUCGAAGGAAGGGAAAGUUCUUGGUAUCAAGAGAGUCUUUAAGUUUAUUGAGACGGUACAACGAAGAUAUGUUCUUCAAGGACAAGAUGUGGAGGUGACUUGGGUUAUGGAAGAGUAUAGGCUUACCAAAAAGAAGAAGCAGGAUGAAGUGAUUUGCGUUAUCAAGCUUCUCUUCCCAUACUUACUAAACCACUUGCUUCGAAGGUGGUAAUUUCUGGAUUUCAUGAUGAUCUAAACGCAUAUUUCAGAUUCCGUGCACAAUCAUUUUUAUCGUUAAACAUCAUCAAACUGAUUGUCAUGAUUCAUGAGUCUGUGUGCUUUUUUUUUUCAUGUAUUGGAACUAUAUAGUUUCUUAAGUCUC